AUGGAAUCAUGCAUGGUCUCGACCACAGAUGGAGUGUGUCUCCAAGGAAGAAUUUUCAAGCCACCCCAAGAAGCGACCAAAAACGGCAGCUCAGGCACUGCAAUAGUGCUGGUGCAUCCGUACUCGAAGCUGGGUGGAUGCCAAGGACUCAUGCAGGGAAUGGCAUUGAGAUUAGCCAUCAAAGGCUUCCUUGCCAUAACCUUUGAUAUGAGAGGUGUUGGAAGAUCUACAGGCAGGUGUUCGCUCACUGGCUUGCCUGAAAUCCAAGAUGUUAUUGCUGUUUGCAGAUGGGUCUCACAGAACUUGCCUGCUAAAAAGAUUUUGUUGGUGGGUUCCUCUGCAGGAGCUCCCAUUGCUGGUUCUGUCGUUGAUCAGGUGGAGGAAGUGAUUGGGUAUGUGAGUAUUGGUUACCCAUUUGGAUUGGCAGCCUCUGUUUUGUUCGGGAGACACUAUAAAGCAAUUUUACGAUCAAGAAAACCAAAAUUAUUCAUAAUGGGCACAAAGGAUGAGUUUACAAGUUUACAACAGUUGGAGAAGAAGCUGAUGUCUGCUUGUGGCCGUGUUCAAGCCCAUCUUAUCGUAGGAGUCGGCCACUUUGAAGUCGAGGGUCCUGCUUAUGAAGCUCGGAUGGUAGACCUAAUUGUGGGCUUUGUUGCACCAUUGAAGCAAUGA